AUGGGUACCCAUGCUGUUCUCCAUGAAGGCAGAAGGGUGCCCAUGUUGGUCUCCAUGAAGGCAGAAGUGUGCCCACGUUGGUCUCCAUAUAGGGCAGAAGGGCAGGAAGGUGCCCACGUUGGUCUCCAUGAAGGCAGAAUGGUGCACAUGCUGGUCUACAUGAAGCCAGAAGGGUGCCCAUGCUGGUUCCAUGAAGGCAGAUGGGUGCCCAUGAUGGUAUCCAUGAAAGCAGAAGGGUGCCCAUGCUGGUCUCCAUCAAGGCAGAUGGGUGCCCAUGCUGGUCUCCAUGAAGGCAGAAUGGUGCCAAUGCUGGUCUCCAUGAAGACAGGAAGGUGCCCACGCGUCAACGCGGGUCGGCCACGCACAGACGUCACAAAACGAAACUACACGACACCAGCCGUUGACGUCAACAACGAAGAUGACAGUAGCGACAUUUUUCCGGUUUACUGCGCUGCGCUCGUGCUCGUGAUCGUCGGCCUCGUUGGUUACGUCAUUUACAAGAAAUAUCAGCGCAUGCGUAGUAAGCGACGUCAGAAGGCGCCGUGUUCGCACGAGGAUGUGGAGUAUUCGAAAGCUUCCGGGGGAGAUAGCGGCGUGUUUGUGGACAAUGAUUCGCCGAAAUAUUAUACAUACUGUUUAGCCAGUGGGGUACGGGACCUACCCGUCGGGAAGCGGAAAGAGCUUGAGAAAACCCUGGCCACGCCCCACUCCGACAGUUGGAAACUGCUUGCCAAGGAAAUAGGUUACAGCAGCAAGCGACUGACCCAGCUUGAGUCCAGGGGCGGGGCUGAGGGGAACAGCAGUUUCAAGUACAUGCUUCACGACUGGGAACGCCGGGACGCAGCUACUGUGACCCGGCUUAUACAGGCCUUACGUAAUAUCGGCCGGCAGGAUGCGGCGAGGAUUAUUUACGUUGAUAGUACAGAGGGGCGGACUCAGAUGCUUUCAAAACAUAACAGUGCUUCUCAAAAUAUGGUCUAAUGCUAAAGUUGUUUGUGAUAAUAUUCUGAAAGGGAGCGUUCAACAUGACAAAAAAUUUGCUCCUUGACGUAAGGGCGCGAUGAUGUGACACUUUGCUGCCAGUAGAGAGACUCUCGAAGCACAGAGGAACGGACUGGCAUAUAGCCACCGACAGCCAAUUGAUUGGACAAAACUGGUGUUUGCUUUGGUUUGGUCAAAGAUGGCACACAUGUUUAUGACUGGUCAACAUUUAUCCAAUAAUUCCUAUUUUCAAAUCAUUGACGUUAGCAAACUAACCUAACGAUAACCCGUGGAUAACCUAUCAAUGUUUUAUACAAUUGACUGCUGAUACUCGAUAUGAUCUAGUGCUUAUGUUGUUGUCUGUGCCUUCAUUUGGCAACCCCAACACCGCCGCAAUGAUGUACUGCAGGACUGCACCACCGCAGUGAAAUAUGUUCAAAACAGUGAUACUAUAACAUUAAAGUGCUAUGUUUGUUAUUUUGUGAUUUAAAUAUGAUAUGUACUACAAUGACAAACUUGGCGUUCAAUCCGCCACGUAGUUCGUUAAACUUUUUUCAAAUUGAUUGGGAGGACGAGCAAAAAUAUAUAUUAUAUACUAGUUAAAAUAUAUUACCCUUGGUGUAUAACCUCAGAGUUUUUAACCCAAUCGGACCUUA